AUGUAUAUUUACGUUCUUUACAUUUUGCGACAGUCCCAAAACUUUUAUUUAGCCAAAUUUUGCUACUUCUGUUUUUAGAUGCGCUGUAUCCAUAACUACCUAUUGGCACCUGAUAUUUGUGCUCAAAAAAUGCAGUAUGGACCAACAAAAUGGUCUCAUUGCAAGGUGGACAUAUAGGCAAGACAUGUCAAGAGAGAGAGAAGCUUGGACUAUUGAGGAGGAACAUGCACUGAUUAAUGCCCAUCAGGUAUAUGGGAAUAGAUGGGCAGAAAUAGCAAAAGUUCUUCCUAGAAGGAAUCGGGUACUUCUAUUUGUUCUUAGGUUCUUCUCACCUAUAGCUAAAGUCAAAGAAGACAAAACCAAGUGGAUUAUUGGAGUUACAAGAUACACAAAAUCAUUGGUAAGUUUCUAUCCUUUCAAAUGGCCGGAUUAUGAAUUUUGAUCAGUUUGUCUGACUUGUUUUAAACUGAAUCCUUGAUUCCUUGAUAACUUUGAUCAUAAACUGAUUCCCAAGUAUUUUUGACUCAUAUGAUGCUUAUUACAUCACAUGUCAUCUAAAUCUUCUUUUCUAAUAUGACUGUUGGUGCUGCUCAUGAGGUAA